ACACGGAGAAGAAAUUUAUUGGCUUGUUUUCUUUGAAUUUCAUGUGCGAGGUGCAGAUCCGUCUACUGACGGUGGAGUGGGUGUACACCUGUGUUAAGGAACGGGCAAAGAUCCCAUGCAUCGGCUUGCAUUCCUGCUAGAAGAGCUUGACCAAGAAUUUCUCAUUACCGAUUUCAUUUGAGGCCAAACAGUGGAAUAAAAAAGGGAGAGGUUUUGGGUGUUGUGCACAAGUGCAAUCAAACUUUAGUCAUGGAUUUCGAUGGCAUAGUAAUGGUGGGAGGCGGAAUUGCAGGUCUCGCCACCGCUCUGGCUCUUCACAGAGUGGGGAUGAAAAGGAUCUUAGUGUUGGAAAGAGCAGAAUCGCUGCGGACCUCUGGAACUGCCAUUGGAAUGUGGUCUAAUGGUUGGAAGGCACUCGAUGCACUUGGCGUUGGACAAUCUCUCCGCCAACAGCAUUGUCUUUUGCAAAAUUCUAAGCUGAUCUCUCGCUCUGAUGGAACCACUGUGAAUAUCCCUAUUGAUACUAGUUUCCAGGAACUGAGGUUUGUGAAAAGAGCUCUUCUGCUGGAAACCCUGGCGAGUGUUCUUCCUCCAGAGGCCAUUAAAUUUAACUGCAAAGUGGUUGAUGUGAGGCAAUUUCCUCGUUCAAAGCUGAUGUGGGAAAUAGAACUGGAAGAUGGAAGCAUCAUCAGGGCAAAGGGUGUGAUAGCGUGCGAUGGAGUGAAUUCUUUACUUGCAGAAAGCGUAUUAGGGCUUCCGCGUGCAACCAGUUCAGCGCAAUGUGCAGUCCGCGGACUGUCAAGUUACCCAGAGGGCCACCCAUUCCCACCCACACGUCAGCUUCAUAUGGCAGAGGGCUUCUUGAUGGGCAUCAUACCCGUCACCGAAAAAGAGGUCUACUGGUUCAUAAGCUCCGCAUCAACUCCUCCAGAUAUUUGGGAAAUCGUGCAAAAUCCAGAUCGCAUUUUUCAAUGGAGUGAAGCUACGCUAAAAGAAUUUCCAGAAGAGAUAAGAGAAAUGGUAAAGAAAACAAGCAAUGAUGUUAUAGAUAUGACAGUAUUAAAAUUUCGAUGGCCAUGGAGUAUGUUGAUGGGGAGGUUAUGGAAGGGAACAAUGACAGCUGUAGGGGAUGCAAUGCAUCCAAUGACACCUUAUGUCGCCCAAGGUGGUUGUUCAACACUUGAAGAUGCCAUUGUUCUUGCUAGAUGUUUUGUACAUGUAGAGGAAGAUUCCAUUAACAAAUUAGAUGAAUCACAAAGGAUUAUAGAGGCAUUCAAGAAGUAUACAAAUGAAAGGAGGUGGAGAUGGAUUCGAUUGAUGACUCAAUCUUACAUCACAGGAAUUGUACAAGAGGGGUCUAACAUUUUUCUUAAAUUUAUUAGAGAUAAAAUUAUGCUUAGGAUUAAGGUUCCCAAUCCAUCUGAUUUUGAUUGUGGUACUCUUCCCACUAUAGCUCCAUUAAAAUCUUCAUUGUUGAAUCAAUAAUAUAGUUUUGUACAAAAGCAUGUGAGAAUUUAUUAUUAUUGUUAUAGUUUAUGCAACAAACUAUAGAAGUCUUGAAGAACAAAUCAAAUAAAU